AUGGCGUGGACGGCCAGCAAUCUGUCGGUGCUUGUGCAUUCCACGACGUGGACGAUGUUCUUUGUGGCGAGUGUCUUUCUAGGGCUCAGAGUAUACAGCAGAGUUCGCAAUACCGGUGUAGGCCUCAAGGCCGACGACUGGGUCCUGAUCGCGGGAUGGGUGUUCCUGAUGCUCGCCUCGGCCAACGCCUCCUGGCUCAUGAGCAUCUUCUUGCUCCGAGGCAACCUGACAAAGAUCACCCUGGCGCGAACGCAUCACAACCUCCAGUCUGUCGCGCUUGGGCUGACAAAGACUUCGUUCGGAAUCACGCUGGUGCGGCUGAUGCCCGGAGGGUGGGAAGCGAAGCUCAUCUGGGGACUCAUCAUCACGAUGAACCUGCAAUUCGCGGUUCACAUCAUCGCGACGUGGCAGGCGAUUUGCGGCGCGCCGGACCAGGCGCACAUUGGAGGUGACAGGUGCUGGCGACUGGAUCAAUCCGUGACAUUCACCAUCUUCAGUGCUUUGUACUCGGCCACUUGCGAUUUAAUCCUCGCCCUUCUACCAUGGAGAAUGAUAUUCAAUUUACAAAUGAAGAGAUCUGAAAGAAUCAGUAUCGCUGUUGCUCUGAGCAUGGGAGUUUUGGCAGGCGUCACGGGCAUCAUGAAGGCGGUGCAUGGACGUGAGCUGAUCGACGUCCGAUCUCCAGAUUACCUAUACAAUCAAGCAAUAUACUGGAUCUGGUCCAUGGCCGAGCCGAACGUCACCAUCAUCUCCGCGUCCAUACCGGUCCUGCGCGGCUUCGUCCGCAGUGUUCGGAAGCGUAGCGAAUCGUCUCCGGGGGCGGGCGCGUACGUCAAGACAGGGGACACCAGCGGGAGGUUCUACAACCGGAGCACAAUCACGGCCGCGAGGGCGGAGCCUAUAGACCAGGACGCCGCGAGCGACAGUAGCAUCCUCGCCCGCUCUCCGGAUCCAGCUAGCGGGGGCGGUAUCACUUGGACGACCGAAGUGACCGUCAAGCACGAACCAAGGCCGGAGACAGGGCAAGACGGAGGAGUGCUUGUCGGGUCAAAGGGGCCGGGGACUGUGGCCGCCGCAAUCGAAAUGGGCCCCAUCGGUCAUCCUGGAAAACCAGCUAGUAGGAACGACUAA